UAUGCUUAGUUUUAAAACUUGUUAUAAAUUUAUUAAAAUUUCAACUUUUCUUCUAUCUUGCGAAUGUUUUAUUGAAGAAAAAGAUAAUAUUGCCAGAUCGCGUCCAGCUUAUCAGUUUACUACUCAAUCGGAUCAACAUUUGGCAAAAUACGCUGUUAGUUCCGAUAAUAAUUUGUCAAAUUAUGCCGAAGAUCGUAAGUCCGUUGGAUGGUUGACAAUAGAUUUGGGUGGUUAUUAUUCAAUAACCGAAAUUUGCUUCUGGAAUAGUCAACCUUCUGGAUUUUUGAGAAAUUUUCAAGUUUUUGCCGAAAUUCAUCUACUUGACGAAGAAGAGCUUUGUUUCAGUUAUCCAGACGAAGUUGUUAGUAAUCCAAUUAGAUCAAAGUCUAGUUAUAUUUGCCGUAGUUGCAAUUGCAAAGGCUCUUUUCUAAGAUUAAAAAAACUUCAUUCUGAUUACUUUGCUCUAACUGAUAUGACAGUAAGAGGAACUUAUGUCAAACAAUCAGAUGAUAUGUUAUAUAAUUUAACAACAAGCCUUAUUCAUUUCGGUAAGGAGAAAGCAGUCAAGCCUUUAGUUUUAAGUGAUGGCCUCUUCAAUACACACGUCUUUAAAGACAAAGAGUUAAAUAGUGAACCAUUUUUAAGAAUUGAUAUGACAAAAAGUUAUGAUAUAAAAACGGUUCUUUUCGAUAAUAUGGCUUAUGAUGAUCCCGAUAUACUUAAAAUGUACGUAUAUUUGAGAUAUUUUCCCGAAACGAUCAAUUAUCCAGCAGAUGAAAUUCUUGGUUACGUUGAUUUACCUUAUAAAAAUUAUUUUACAACUCAUGUUGUUAAAUCAUUAAACUAUAAAACUGGAAGAUAUUUACUCUUUAAAACAACUUGUACACCUGGAAAGAAUAACUUUCUACAAAUAUCGAAUGUUUAUAUUUAUUGCAAAACUGUUUCCAUAGGCAACGAAAUGAAAUGGAAACCAACAUUGAAAAAUGAUAUGAUUACUUCAAUUGAUUUAGCUGGAAAUGCUAUUUCAAAGACAAUUCAUAACGGAAACUUUAUAAAAAGUUCUGAAAGUAUUAAUCUCAAAUCGAAUGACAUGUUAAAGAUAAAUAUCGAACCAACCCUUAUUAAUUACUACUGUAUUAAAGCCCCCAUUGAUAGUUUGAUAUCUAAUUGCGAUACUAUGAGAUUGAGUAAAAUUACCAUUCCACAGUCAAUUCUUAAUAAUAAUAUUGGAAUUGGAAUAACAGGGGUAAACGUUAAAAUAAAUGAUAUCUACGUUAUUGGAAAUGGUAUGGUCAAUUCAUUUAAUUGUGAACAAUCUGGUAUUGGAUAUUCUAAAGGAAAAGUUCAAAAAGUCUAUCUUUUUACUUGUAAAACGAAAGUAAAAAGUAUUGAUAUCAUGAUCUUUAAUCCAAGCAUUGUACUUAAAGGAUAUCUUGUAUUUUGA